CACAAGCAAAGCAAACUUGGGUUUCUUCCUCCUCUUCUUCUUCACUAGUUAAGCUCGAACAAUGGAGAGCCAACUAGCUACAGGAUGCUGUGGUGACCUCUUUCAACUGUGCAAGCCUUAUAUUGCGAUGAUUUCACUCCAAUUCGGAUAUGCUGGCAUGAACAUAAUCACCAAAGUGUCUCUAAACCGUGGAAUGAGUCACUAUGUGCUUGUUGUCUAUAGACAUGCUUUUGCUACCUUGUCUAUUGCUCCCUUCGCUCUCAUUCUUGAGAGGAAAGUGCGUCCGAAGAUAACAUUCUCCCUUUUCAUGCAAAUAUUCGUACUUGGCCUACUUGGACCGGUGAUAGACCAAAACUUCUACUACGCGGGGUUGAAGUUCACAUCCCCUACCUUUUCUUGCGCCAUGAGCAACAUGUUGCCCGCUAUGACUUUCAUGAUGGCUGUAAUAUUCAGGAUGGAGAAGAUAAAUCUCAAGAAGGUGAUAUACCAAACCAAGGUAGUAGGUACACUAGUGACAGUUGCCGGAGCAAUGUUGAUGACUCUCUACAAAGGACCUAUUGUUGAAAUGGUAUGGAGCAAAUACGUGCAUCUUCAUCAAAGCCCAGUGUCCACAUCAAGUGAGUCAGCCAACAAGGACUGGUUCCUAGGCUCGAUUUUCCUCAUCAUUGCUACUCUAGCUUGGGCUUCUCUCUUCAUUCUUCAGACUCACACGUUGAAGUCAUUCUCCUCUGCCCCUCUCUCCCUUACUACACUCAUUUGCUUCAUGGGCACUCUUCAAGCAAUUGCAGUCACUCUUGUGAUGGAGCACAAGCCAUCGGCUUGGAAAGUUGGUUUAGAUAUGAAUCUCCUUGCUGCUGCUUAUGCUGGAAUUGUGACAUCAAGUAUUGCCUACUAUGUCCAAGGUCUUGUUAUACAGCAAAGAGGGCCUGUAUUUGCUUCAGCUUUUAGCCCUCUAAUGAUGAUCAUAGUAGCCAUCAUGGGCUCCUUCAUUCUUGCCGAAAAAAUCUAUCUCGGAGGUGUUCUAGGGUCUAUAUUGAUUGUGGCUGGGCUCUACUCAGUGUUAUGGGGAAAAUACAGGGAGAACAAAGAGAAGAAAGAGGCAGAAAGAAUGGUUCUGCCAUUAGCAAUGAAGGAAAUCGAAGGCAAUGGGCAAUUUAUAGAUGUCAUAGAAAUAGAUGAUGUUCAACUAGAGAAGGCAAAGGCCAACCAGGGAAUUAUCAAAGUUCGUGCACCGAUGCCCGAGGUUUCCAUGAAAGCAGAGGAGAAGCCAGAGAGUAGGAACUAGCACGUUUUGAAGUCUGAAAAGAGGGAUUGAGUGAGAAAGAGGAGAGGUUUUUUUUUUAGGUGGUUCAUCUUAACCUUCUCCUUUUCUUUUUUUCUCCCUCUUUCUCAUGUAUUUGGUAUAUUCAUAUGUAAUCUAGUGAUAUUUUUCCUAUUUUGGUGGAAUGAAAAGAAGUUUUAUAA